AUGGCCACGGCAGCUGCCCGCCACGCGGCGUUCCUCCUGCUCCUGCUGCUCGGCCUGCACGCCACGACCGCCAUCGCCGCGCGCGCCGGCGCCGUCGUCGUCGAUGCCGAGCUCACGUCCAAGCCGUCCUCCCCGGGCCCCAAGAAGCCCAGCGUCGUCAAGCCACCGACCGGCAAGCCCAGCGUCAAGCCACCGCCCGUCGUCCCAGGCGCGGGAGGCGUCGGCGGCGCGAUCCCGACCAUCCCGGGUUUCGGCGGCAUCCCCGGGAUGGGCAUGGGCGGCGGCGGGUUCGGCAGCAUCCCCGGGAUGGCCGGGGGGUGGGGCGGCGGCUACGGCGGGCCUGCCGGCGGGUACGCCCGCGGCGGCGUGGUGGCGCCCACGGUGACCUGCACCGAGAAGGGGCCCUGCUACAGGAAGAAGGUCACCUGCCCCAAGAAGUGCUUCUCCUCCUACAGCGGCGCCGGCAAGGGAUACGGCGGCGGCGGCGGCGGCGGCAGCUGCACCGUCGACUGCAAGGUCAAGUGCACGGCCUACUGUUGA